ACAGGUCAAAUCCAAAAGUUUUCUUAGAAUGGAAAACAGCAAAGUCAUCGCAUCUGAUAAAGCUACAGUUAUCAUCCAAGUAAAUCCACAGGUGGCACAAGAUACUGUUAUUUGUGAUGAUGGACAGCAGGUCAGAGGAGCAUAUCACAAUACAGCUCUUAAAGGAUUUUUCAAAGCACAACCAAAGGCACUGGGGACUGUACAGAUAUUAACUGGAGUGAUGGUCUUCUUACUUGGUAUUGUGCUCUCCGGAAGUUUAGUCAGAUUUGGUAGUAUAUCUGUCUUUAGCGGCAUCACAUACUGGGGAUCUUUCAUUUACAUCAGUACUGGCUCUCUGUCUGUUGCUGCGCAGAAUAAACUUCAUCCGUGUGUGGUGAAAGCCUCUCUUGGAAUGAAUGUGAUCAGUGCCAUAACUGCAGCGAUAUCCAUUUUUCUGUUGGGCAUAGAAAUAGGAACUUCUCCAAGGUCACAUCAAAAUUGCAACUAUGCAAGCUACAACAAUUAUGACUGUAUACAAUCUCAGGUAUAUUAUCUGGGGAUCACUGGAAUAUUGCUGGUGUUCUCCAUCCUUCAGUUCAUCAUCUCCAUCUUUAUCUCAGGAUUUGCCUGCAAAGCCACCUGCGAUACUGACUCUACAGUGGUUAAUGUGGCACUAAACUAGUGAUACUGAGCCACAGUGAGGAGAUCCUAUCAUCCAAAGGGUGCAAGGAAUUAAUAAUUACUUUUUUUUUUGUGAGAGAGAAUAAGAUAAUACAUAUUUUAUAAUUAUUGGAAAAUUAACCUCCAAACCCUGACCAAA